AUGACGCCGUGGGAUUCCGCGAAAUCGUUUCUUGGGAGAGUGAGGACAGAAGUGGAAAAAAAAGAGGACAAGUUGACACAUGUGGAGACACAAAUGGACACAUUCGCUUAGCCGCCGGACGUGUUGUUGUUGUUACUGUCGAAGCCGGUAGAAAGCGGAAGUGGACGCAGGUUAGAAAGGUGUUUUAUUAUUAUUAUUAUUGUUAUUAUUAUUAUUAUUAUUGCGCAGUCACUUUGAGGACGACACGUGUUUGGACGAUACCAUCCCACCUCCAUAUUCUUCGUCCUCGUCAUGUCCGAGCUCGUCUCCGUGGACCGGGCGCUCCCGAAGGAGAACCAGGAGAGCCGAACUUUGCUGAUGGUGGCGAUGAUUUUGUUGGACUUGAACAAAUGCGGCCCCGCCGGCGCAGUGGUGAGCGCGGCGGACGACGAGGAGAAGCCCGAGAGGGGCGUUCGCCGGUCGGCCGCGUCGGAGGCAGACGCCGCGGCGGCACCCGAACCGAAUCGGAGCAAAAGAAGGACAGGGGAGUCCGCGGAGAAGCGGCACUGCUGCCCGUUCGGCGGCUGCGGGAAGAUGUACGGGAAGUCGUCUCACCUCAAAGCCCACCUUAGGGUGCAUACCGGCGAGCGCCCCUUCGAGUGCACCUGGCCGGCGUGCGGCAAGAAGUUCUCCCGAUCGGACGAGCUGACCCGCCACUACCGCACGCACACGGGUGAGAAGCGCUUCACCUGCCCCAUGUGCGACAAGUGCUUCAUGAGGAGCGACCACCUGACCAAACACGCCCGGCGCCACGCAGGCUUCCAUCCCAGCAUGCUGCAGGGCUGCAGCGUGAGCAAGCGGCGCCGCUGCUCCGUCUCCGUAUCGUCGUCCUCGGACUCGGGCGACCAAAGCCCGGCGGGGGUGUGAGACACGCCCGCGUGUGCGUUGAUGCACACGGACACGCCCACUCUUGUGCCGCACACAGCCCGCCGUCGCGGGGUUUUACCUUGCGGAGCGCUCCGUGUAGAGCUUCUGUCUUUACCGUGUGACAGAUUUUUAUUCAACAUUGAUCAAUCAAUCCAUCAGGCAGGUUAUCCUUUCUGAUGUACUUCGGAAUAAUACACACAGCUGUUUUCAGGGUUUAUCGUGUCCAGAGAGUCUGCACCACUUGAUAGCAGAGAAGUUAUGGCGAUGAAUAUCAUGCAAACACUAGUAGAGCUGCGAUAAGGCGCAUGUACAGUAGAGGAGAGUAGUAUUACAAUGUAUAUAAAGGGAAGAAUGCUUAUUAGUUAUUAUAGAGAAAUGACAACUACACAGGAUUUCCGAGCUAGCACAAAUGCAUAAUCAAUGCAGCAAAAUACCUUGAAUAUACUCUGGUGAUACUACGAUGCACAAGCAAAACGAAUGCCAAAUGCUCGUUCUGAUCCAUGUCAUGGAAAACAACAUCAUUGCAGGACAAGCGACGAAAGGUCCGCUUUGCUUGAUUUAAAAGGGCUCGAAAGUGUGACGGGGGAACACAAUGCAUUCUGGGUCUGGCUGGACACUGACUAGGGAUUUCAAUUUCGACUGGAACGCCCCUAGAGGUCGGACUUUGGAACGUUCUCACCACCUCCGAGUUCAUUCCAUAGAUGGCUGCGCCAGAUGUAAACCAGAGGCGUUCAAACUACGUCCAACGGGCACCUUCAAAUUUGCCACGCGAGACGUCGAGAGUUGUAUUCACUUUAAAUGUCCGUCAAGUGUGAUGCUACUUUGUCGACUUCAUGUGGAGCGAGCGAGUAAUUCAGGUUAAUGACCUUCAAAAAAUUUUUGUGAAAAUUCAUGUGCAGCAUUUAUCUAUGUGACCCAACGCAGACCACCUUCCCUAGUCAUGGUGAAAGAACAAAAAAAAAAUCCCCCAUGGUCACACAUAGCACAACCUGCUCACUUAACUUUGUGGAUAUUCUGAAAAACGUUCAUGCACCAUAAAAGAAAAUCCUAAAUUACACCCAUUUAAAUCUAUUACCAAGCAUGAUGGAAAAAUCCAAAACACCCUCCACACUUGGCGCAUUUUAGCUGCUUAUACAUAUAGUGAUCACAAAACUUUAAGGAGGUUGUCACGGAAAUAAACAAGGUAGGAGUCAAACGUUCACAUACUCUUAAUAUUCAAUGAUAUUAAUGAUUAAUUAU